AUGUCUCAGACUCCAAGUGCUACCAAAUUCGCUUCCGCGCCUACUCUCACCUCUGGUGGCAAUGAUAUCUUAAAAGGUAUAAACGCUACAGGCUCUACGACUCUGGCGAAAACAUUGGCGCUACCAAAGUAUAUUACUUUACGACAGCUCUUCAGCACCAGUAAAGUCACCUUAUUUUUGCCCUCUGAAUCAGCGGUCCAGCAAGCCAUUUCCGACGGCUCUCUAAACCUUACAAUGACCCAAAAUACCACCAACAUACUAACAUAUCAUCUCGUCGCUGGCAUACACCCCUCCAAUACGUUCAACGCUACGCAAUUUCUCUCAAGUUUUUUCAAGAAUCAAACGUUUGUAAAACAGGGCAACAGUUUCCAAGUCCUUGGUGUGUCCCUGGAGGGUUCCACUUUGCAGGUCACGAAUGGAGUAGCCAGCGCCAAUGUAAUCACACCUAAUAUUCAGUGCAACAACGGCAUUAUUCACGUUAUAGACUCUGUGUUGGUUCCUCCUAAAAAUGUCCCAACAACCAUUACUCAGAUUCCCGAAUUAGAAGCAUUCUCUAAUAUUACACAAAAUUAUAAUCUAACUGGAGUUUUAUCGUCGCAACAGGCCACCAUCUUCGCUCCUAAUAAUGGAGCGUGGAACCAGUUAGGUUACCUUGCACAACCAGAAGGCAUCGUUCUUCGCGAUGUUAAGUACGGGGUUGUGCGAGGCGUCUAUCGCUCUACUGAUUUACAACCGGGAGCAUUAAUUUCGAUCACCGGCCAGGUGGUUAAAGUGGAUCGAACAGAUGGGAAUAUCACUAUCAACGGUGCCCAUAUUGUGCAUGCAGACAUCUUGACAUCAGCUGGCGUGGUUCAUGUCAUCGACAGCGUUAUCGAUCCUACAGAAAGUUCUGCUUCCAUUGACCCUAGCUUCAGCUUGCACUACCUCAGUACUUCAUCGAUGAUCCAAAGCACCCAAAGACCCAAGUCAAGGGCUAGUAUCAUGAUAGCACAGUGGUGGAUGGUGGUGGCGUUGGCGGCCGCCAUCGUAACGUUCAUAGGGUCAUGA